AGCAGCCAAAUGUCAAAUCAAAAUUUCUGCUUAUCGAUUUGGUUGGGAUUCUGUGUUCUGUUGUGUAAAUUCGGCAUUUUAAAUUAUGUCAUGAUAUAUUUCUAAUUAGUUUUAGAGUAGGUAAAUUACAGUAAAGAUGAAUUUAUUAACUGGCCAAUGUUUCAUGAUUUUAUCAGCACUUUGCGUUGUUUCUUCGUCCAGAGUUCUAGAAUUAAGUGACAAAUUUAUCGAUAUAAGUAACGAUGGCAUGUGGUUCGUGAAGUUCUAUGCGCCAUGGUGUGCCCAUUGCCGCAGGAUAGAGCCUAUCUGGGCGCAUGUCGCUCAGUCGCUGUACAACAGCCCUAUAAAGGUUGCGAAGGUUGACUGUACUAGGUUUAUGGCCGUAGCUACUCAUUUUAAAGUCAGGGCAUACCCUACAAUUAUGUUUAUUAAAGGCCCCUAUCGCCAUGAGUAUGUAGGUGAAAGAGUGAAAGAUGAGAUGGUCAACUAUGCCCUUCGCAUGUCACAACCGGCUGUUCAGAGACUGUCACAAGCUGACAGCCUUGGGUACCUGAAGGAGACACACCCAGUCUUCUUUGGAUAUGUGGGAAAACAACAAGGAGCAUUAUGGGAUAUGUUUACACUUCAUGCUGAAAAGUAUCAACCACAUACAUGGUUUUAUGCUAUGUCACAUGAUCUUUUGAAAAAUGAUGUUAAAAUUCCUAAUGAAACUGCCAUAUUUGUGUACAAAGAGGAUGAAGCCUACUUUUUUGAAGCAAAUCCAUUACUACUCCAAGAUAGAGAAGCCUUAAAUGUAACAUUAGACAAAUGGAUCAAUUCCGAGAGAUUUGGAUUAUUCCCAAAAGUCACUCGAUCAAAUAUCAAUGAACUAAUGGAUAUAGAAAAAUACAUUGUCAUUGCUAUUGUCUCUGAAAAUAAGUUGAAUGAAAUCACUCAAACAGAGAGGGACUUUAAGGACAUGAUUGAGAGUAUCAUUAAGAAAAGAAAACGCCACCUUCAUGAAAGAUUCCAAUUUGGGUGGAUGGGAACUCCUGAACUAGCGAACUCAAUAGCCAUGUCUGAACUGACAGUUCCUCAUCUGUUGGUUCUCAACUCUACUACAGGCCACCACCACAUGCCUGAUGAUGACCCUGUCCUCAUGACACCUGAAGCAGUUUCAAUCUUCCUUGACCAAAUAAAUAACCAAAUGGCACCGACGUAUGGUGGGAACAGUUGGCCGGUACGUUUUUACCGAGGCUUCUUUGAAGCAAGGACCACUCUGACGAAUAUGUGGCGUGGAAACCCAGUAUUAACGGCGCUCGUUUUUGGGUUGCCUCUCGGCUUCUUGUCUCUCAUAUGUUACUCUGUGUGCUGCGCUGAUAUACUUGAUGCAGAGGAAGAGGAAACACCAGAAACACACGAGAAGAAGGACUAGACAUCCAAACCGUCGAAUAUUAUAAUAAUUAUAAUUAACCAUUUUUAGUAUUUUUACAAUAUUGGAUGUUAGCAAUUAAGCUGUUUUUGUUUGCUAGAACUGUAUCUUUUGCAUUUAAAACGUAUUGUUUGGACUGUCUCAGUCAGUGACACAUUUAUCAGUGCACUGCUCAUUUUAGUUAAAUACCCAUUAUUAUUUUGGAAAUCAGUCUGAUCGGAGUGGAAGUCACGCUGAAUUAUGUCAGUCAGAUCUCACGAUAUCUAAAUUUUACCUGCUGAUUUGACUGGGUUUAACUCUGUAGCAUACACUUUUAAGUACCUACCUGAUGAUUCAAUUACAUGAGAUCAAACUCAUAAUCGGUAUAACAUUCAUUCAUGUCUGGAUACCUAUAUUAUAAUGAAGAUAUUGGGGAACCAGGGCCUGUCGCGCCGGAUGAUGGUGUGUUAAAGCUUUCUUCCUUUAAACUAUCAAUUGUCGAUAUAAAUACUGACUUCAAUAGGUAUCGAUAUGACGAAUGUCUCCGAUGCGAUCGAUAGUAUUGCGAGUAAAAUGCAAUACCUUCAUAAUGUUAAGUUUCCUCAUGUCCAUUGUCAUGAAAUAUAAAUUGCAACAAAUAGUUAAAAGGGAUUCCCACAUCAGACAUUAUUUUCAUCUUUUUUAUUCCCUUUAUAUUUCUUAUUUACGUUAUUUAUUGCAUAGAAUCAUGGAGUCUUUAUAAAAUAAACGUGGUUUUUUCAA